AUGGCCUCCCCUCAGUCGGCUACGUCCCAGGACGGCGCUGAUACCAAGAAGAACCUAGAGCAGAUUACCUUCCGCUUCUGCUCCGAGUGCUCCAACAUGUUGUACCCCAAGGAGGACGAGGACUCGCACAAACUGCAGUUCACCUGCCGGACUUGCCAAUACACCGAGGAGGCGACCUCCACGUGCGUUUUCCGCAAUGUCCUCAAUAAUGCCGCGGGCGAGACCGCUGGUGUCACCCAGGACGUCGGUUCUGAUCCUACGGAUGUGGAGUGUUCUAUUUGUGGAGUGAACCCGGCUAUGACCCUUUCCCCUCCAUCGACCUCGAUCGCGACCCCGACGCCGUCUUCACCGUCCGACUGCACCACACUCGACGAGCUCUUCGCCCUCCACGACGUAUAUAUGCCGGACCCCGAUGCUAUGCUGGACAUGGAUUUUGCGUGGGAUGAUUGUGUGGAUAAAGGCAACGAUGACCGCGAGCAGAGUGACUUGGUUGCCUACUAG